CGAAAAGUAAACAAUACUGUUGUCAAGGCAACACAAAACGAGGUUAGAAAUGAAAACACGGCACAUCAGCAAAAAACAUGGUUAUCAGCAGGAGAAAGCCAUCAACAUGGAGCUCAAGUUUCUUCUGAAAGAUGAAGUUUUUGUGGAUUUCUUCAAUACAUUUCUAAGCCUUCCAGUGUUUGGGCAAACCCCUCUCCACAUGCUCAAUGAAAACAAGUGGUUAAUGUGGCCAAAUGUGCCAUUUGCUCGGGUGAACACUGGAGCAUUUCUGAAAUGGUUAGAAACACAUCGGUUGAUUUUCUUCAAACAAACAGAGCUCUAUCACAAUUUUGUUCUCUGCACAGAGAUUCUUGACUUUGUAUCCUCUAAAUCCACAGAGGACUUGAAAUGGACUCCGGCGGAUCAGUGGCUGUUAAGAAAAUGUCUCGGCAGCGUGAGGGGAAUUCAGAGAUUUCGUUCUUUUCUCAAGGCCACUGCUGAGGAGGAGCUUCUUCUGUUCUGUGUGAGAGUGUCCAUGUUGUUCAGUAUAAAAGAAGAAGAAAAUGAACAUGAGUAUCAGACUUUAAAUCUUCAAGCACUUCAGACAGCGAUCAGACUCUUUCACCUGAGCGAAGCCUCUGCCAUCCUGUCUGUCUGCCAUAUACACACAGAUGACAUGACUGAGCUCUUGUCCAAAGAGUGCUCACUUAGUUCCCAGAAGCGUGUUUUGGUGGACAUGAGAAAGAAAGUUCUGUGUCGACUGCAGUCGUAUUGGCUUCCUCAGUUCUUACACUGCUGUAAAUCCUGGCUGUGGCGUGUGCCUGAAUGUCAGCGCAUUGUCGAGAAAUACACUUCCUUUUCUUGUCCUCCUGCUCCAUCUCACUCUUCGCGUAAGCGUGAGCAGUGCAAGACGAAUCCCACACCAAGCCCUGCUAAAUCCUACUGCAGUAAACACAGCAAAUGGCACCUUUGGAGUUCAUAUAAACCAAACACAGUCCGUUCGCAGCCCAACAGCAUCUGCUUGUGGCUUCCACCAACCAGGCAGGAGGAUCUAAAGGGUUCCCAGUGUUCAAAUAUAGCACAUACAGAAACCUCUGUCCAAGCUAUUGUCCAUCACACAUGUGUCCAAACCCCGGCGUGUCAGAUUCCCCGCUGCGUGAGCGUUCAUACUCCACCAUCAGAUGUUCACUGCUAUCUGCAGCCGGCACUGUCUGCCGAGGCCUUGGCUGGAGGUCCUUUUAGGUCUUAUCUAAGAGCCCAAAACCUGGUGGAAAAGCAGCGGAUGCUGGAUCUGUUGGAGGAUCUGGACUUUUUCCUCCUGCUGGUUCUGAAAGCACAAGGAGAAGAUCCAGUCUGCACACAGAGACAGACCAUGGCCCAGCGGAUAACAGAGACGUACCUGAAAGAGAACAUGCCAUGCUAUGGACUGGAUUCAAACACCAGCCACCAUCUGCGUUCGCUUUUACCAUCCACUGCAGCUGUUCCAUGGAUUUACAGGGCUAAAUAUGAAAUAUGCAAGGAACUACAAGAUGUUUAUGACUCAUUUUUAGAUGCAGAGGAUAAAGCUCUAGUAUCUCACCUGAGUUCACACAGUGAGGAGUCUGAAGAACAGCUGAUUUUCUGUGGUUUUGAGACAGAAACAGAAGCUUGCUUCACUCAGACGGAGGCAUUAGUGUUGUGUGGAGGAUGCUGCAGUCGUCUCGACCCCGACGCUCUGGCUCAGGACAGCUGGGCUUUAGUGGGCCUGCAAGACCUGCGGAGAGGAGGAUCACUGCUGCACAAGUACAACACAGAUGCGUCUGAGGAGCCAAAGAUCACAACAGAGAGUGAUACUACAGCACCCCUCACUCAAGAUGUGCCCAUGUCUAAAGCCAAAUGUCCUGAUAAUCUCCAGAUGAAAACUCUUAAGAAGGACAGCAUUAUUUUUGAAAAGCCAUCUACAAAACCCAGGUCAUUUGAAGAGGUCCUCACAACUUCUCAGUACACUGGUCAUUUCAGACAAUUCCUGCAGGAGCACAAUGCAGACGGAGCGCUGCUCUUCAUACAGGAAGCAGAAUCUUUGCGCACCGUCGAACCCAAACGACAGAAGGCGAAAAUCCGUGCCAUUGUAGACAAAUUCUUUAGGCGACAAGAUCCCAUGGAGUACCUGCAGUGCAGCGCUGACAUCAUCAGCAGUGUGACGCAGAUGGACGUGGUUCCUCAAGAAAUCAUCUUCACCAUUCAGCACCUGGUUGCCAAGUCACUGGAAGCCACAUGGUUCAAACUGUAUCAGGAAACAUUUUAUUUUUGUUCCCCCGUUUCAUCUGAAUCGAAUGUGAAAGGUCCUCUGCUGCUGGACAAACUGAAGACAAAUGCGUGGACAGUUUUCAGCCGCUUCAUCCGCAGUGUGACGAAGUUUCUAUCCGCACUAGAGGACCGUGACUUCAGGAAUGAGUUUGAAGACUAUCUGAUACACAACUACAAGCAUUUCUCGCAGCCUUGCACUGUUCGCUCCAAAGCCCAGCAGUCCUCCGAUAUCAGCAGCGAUGGAGAGAAGUUUAAACCCAAGAUACGAAGCAUUAUCAACAAAACAGUUACAGUGGAGUUCUUAGUCAAUGAUCUUUCCUUCUACAUGGAGUGUGAGAGGUUCAGGCAUUUGGCAGACGCAGGCGAUAUAAUGGCAUCAGAAGGCAUGUAUAGCGAGAAUGAUUAUGCCAUGCUUCACCAGAAGGCUGAGCUGAUCAUCAACAUAUUUCUCCACUCAAAUCUCACUCCAAAGCUCAUGAUCAACACCAGUGAGGCUCAGAAAGAUGCCAUACUGCAGCGCUUUGCCUCUGGGAAGGUUGACCGAACUCUCUUCUAUCCGGCUAUGAUGGACGUGUUUCCAGUUCUCGUCUUCUGCUGGAAAAAAUUUUGUAGUCUGACGGUGAUGAAGCGUCUGUACCCCACUGAAGCACUGAGGAAUCAGAAAGUGUCCUCUCAUCUGCAGGAACUGCGUCCUUUAAACAUCCUGCAGGAGAUUAAGACGAUCAGAUCUAAUGAAGUUAAAGAUGCCAUCCUGCGUUUCUCCACCCAACACGGCCUCACACUGCUGCUGCCGCAGACGCCACACAGCCACAGCAUUACUCCUUCCCAGCAGCCCUCAGCCAGAUAA